AUGCCUUACGUUCCGAAUCUGCCGCAAAUCCCUAACCGCUAUGCUGCGGCUCAUGCCAGCCCACAAGGCGAAGGGGACGCCCGUCCCACAGCCCUCCAAAUUAUUCAAGAUGAAGGUCUGAUUGGGAAGCUAAGCGACAAAGUCGCUCUGGUUACGGGUGGUACUAAUGGCAUUGGUCUCGAGAUCGUGCGACAUCUGGCUAAAACCGGCAUGAAGGUCUUUUUCACUUCUCGAGAUCUUGCAAAAGGCGAGAAGGUAAAGAAUCAACUUCAAAGUGAAGAACCCAGCUUUAGACUGGAGGUCGUUGAGAUGGAGCUGAAGAGCUUAAAGAGCGUGGAGAAGGGCGCUGAGCAAGUGAUGAAUCACGCCGAAAGGUUGGAUGUCCUUGUCAACAAUGCAGGUAUUGCGGCUACACCUCGCGGCUAUACUCAAGAGGGCUAUGAACAGCAAUUUGGUGUCAACUACCUUGCUCACUUCUACUUAUUCCAAUUACUUAGACCUCUUCUCCUAGAUACUGCUGCGAAUCACAACAUCAACGUGCGAGUUGUUACUACGUCAAGCACAUCGCACACAGCAUGUACUGUUCUUCCUGAGAGCAACUAUGACACAGCAAACCCCAAUGGCAAGGGUUACGAGCCUGGUGUGUCGUACGCCCACUCAAAUACUGCAAAAAUCUGGUUCUGCAACGAGGUUGAGCGCCGCUACGGGUCCGAGGGUAUCCAUGCCAUCAGCAUCCACCCCGGUGGUUUCGGAAGCGGAUUGAUGGAGUCCUCGGACGAAGAGACUCGCAAGAUGCUUGAGAAGUUGAUCCAGAUGCCCCACAUUAAGAAGGUAUGGAAAAGCGUCCAGCAGGGCGCUGCCACUAGCAUAUUGGCAGCUGUUGGCAGCGAGUACGAUGGAGUCGGAGGAUUUUAUAUGGAGGACUGUGGUGUGAGCAAGCCAAUCCCUGACGAUGUCAACUGGGCUGGGUAUGGGUUCAAAUCAUGGGCAUUUGAUGAGGAAGGCGAGAAGAAGUUGUGGGCUGAUUCUUUGAAGAUGGUUGGAUUGGAGGAUGAUCUUCACUAG